AUGUCUCGCCGUCCCAACCCCGCCCAGGCGGCUCAGAAUCAACAGACUAUCAAAUCCCUCUUGAAACUCGAUUCCAACAAGACAUGCGCCGAUUGCAAACGCAAUAAACAUCCGCGAUGGGCGUCCUGGAAUCUCGGAAUAUUCAUUUGCAUUCGUUGCUCGGGCAUACACAGGGGUAUGGGCACCCAUAUCAGCCGAGUGAAAUCGGUAGAUCUUGAUGCGUGGACCGACGAGCAACUCCAAAGUGUUGUGAGCUGGGGCAAUGCCAGAGCCAAUAAAUAUUGGGAAGCAAAACUGGCGCCCGGCCAUGUUCCAUCUGAAGCGAAAAUAGAGAAUUUUAUCAGAACUAAAUAUGAUUCCAAGCGUUGGGUUAUGGAUGGCCCGAUGCCCAAUCCCGCAACGUUGGAUGUCGGCGAUGACGAUGUUCCGCUGGCUGUCGUUCAGGAGAAAGCAAAGAUUGAGCGCUCCGCUUCGCAAAGAGUGGCCGCCACCAGCCAACCGCCAGUGCAACAUCGCCCACAGCCUUCUAUGGAUCUCUUUGCCGAUGAUGGUGUUGCUCCCCCGAUUCGUCCUAGCACUACAGAGCCAUCGAUCCGAGCUCCCCCCAAGCCGCCACAGGCUGCUCCAGCGCAGGCUGCCCCGAAACCGACACGGCCUGGAGACUCCUUACUCGGCCUCGAUUUCUUCGGCAGUACACAGCCGGCAGCCAAUAAUCGCCCCGCCAGUGUCGCGUCCACGCCAGGAGCUAGGAUGUCUAGGCCAGACCUUAAGCAGUCUAUCCUCUCUCUUUAUUCCAAGCCCCCGCCUGCCCCGGCGCAGCAUGAACGUACGCCUUCAUUUGGGGAGUUGGCUUCCCCGCCCCCACCAUCCACGUCGUCGUCCAACAUGGGUGGGUUGACCGAUGCGUUCAGCGGAUUGAGCUUCCCAAGCAUUUCUUCUCCCGCUCAAAAGCCUGCAGAGAAGCCGUCACCUUUCGCAGGUCUGACGAACUUUACCAACACCAAGUCGACUCCUGCGGCGCCCAAGGUGACCUCACCCACACCUUCAACUGGAAGCACUGGCGGUGGCUUGUUUGACAGUCUUACAUCUCCUACCAUUCCUCCUGCUAAACCGCAAUCCCGUACUACCUCGAUUUCGUCCAACAACCACGACUUUGGCGGAUUUUCCAGCUUCCAAUCCCCGCCACCGGCGCCCAAGCCAAACCCACCCUCGGGUUCAUUGUCCGACGACCUAUUUGGACUAUCCUCUCCCCCCAUCUCUGCAACCACCACCUCCCCGCCCCCAGUAAAAUCCCCACCACCAGUGACAGCCCCUCAGCCGGAUCUAAGCUCUGCAUUUAACCUCAACAACCCGGCACCCAAGCCAGCAGACCCGCCCAAACCAGUAAACACGACGACUUCCAUUCCUAGUCUCAACCCGGCCGCUAUCGACCCAUGGGGCUCGAACGCAUGGAGUACCCCAGAACCAGAACCAGCACCCGCCGCCCCGGCUCCCUCUCAGCCCUCCUCUAUGAUGAAGCUCCCCGACACGCUGACAGCCAACGACGUCGGUGCUGGCUGGGGCGCCUCCCCAGCCGCAUCCAAACCACCUGCGCCGUCUGUCACGGAGGAUGAAGACUUUGGCGGCUGGGCCAGUGCGGCCCCAGUAUCUUCUACCACGAGUACAGCACCACCUAAACCGGCAGGCGGGUUUGGGGGGUCUGAUGACCUGUUUUCUAAUGUCUGGGAGUAA